UUUCAUAGGCCGGUCAAGUCCUUCGCGCUAUCACCAUGCGGUUCCUUUCCUCUGCCGUCCUUGGCUUCCUCGCCACCCAAUUCUCCCAGGUACUAGCAGCUGACCCUGCCAGUGAGAUACCAAUCCUCAACGCUGCAGACGAGAUUGUCAGCGGCGGCUCGGAAAAGCGAGCCAUCGCCGUCACCGCGACCGCCAGCUUCCCCGAAUCCGAAGUCUUCGGCAUCAAACUCGUCAACGGCCACCCGACCACCGCGGUCGUCACGUUCAACAAUGCUGAGGACUUCCCUGCGAACGUGCUCGCCAUCGGUGGCACCUUGGCGCAGGCCUCGUCCGACCAGAUUGUCCGCAACCUGACGUUCACGCAAUACGGGGUGGAAGUCCCGGCCGGGGAGACGGUCGACCUCACCUAUGCGUUCGCGACUGAGAUGCACCCACAGGAGCUUCAGUUGGCGCUCUCGGCGAUCGUUACGGAUAACGAGGCGGGGUUCUAUACGCUGUCGAUUUUCAAUGGGACGGUGAGCGUGGUCGAGGCCCCUAUUAGCCUCUUGGAUCCACAGAUUCUCUUCCUCUACGUCUUCCUUUCGGGAGUGUUCGUGGCAACCUGCGCCUUCAUCUACAACACCUGGGUGGCGCCGCUAUUCCCGAAGAAGUCGGCGCCGAAAUCGCGGAAGCCGGAGACUCCCAGGCCGGUGGCAACGACUACUGGCGCGCAGGGCUAUGACGAGAGCUGGAUUCCGGCGCAUCAUGUUAACCGACCUGAGGCAAAGAGAUCGAAGAGCAGUGGAACGAAGAAAUCUAAAGCUUAAGCUCGUGGAGAUGACCGCUAGGUGCUUGUUCUACUUCUGAGGUACGGUUCAAACGGCAUCUAUAGGGCGGUUCUAGAACGGAUUUUUCAUGGGUGUAUGUCUUGGAUAGGAUAUCAAAAAGUUGCAUUGUACGCUCAUCGAUAUGUCUUUGAAUAGCAGCAAUCUGUAGGAUAGCAAGAAUAUAC